UUUCAAUAGCAACAUCCAAUCACUUGUGUGAAUAUCAGGCAAAAUGAAAUUCCUUGCUGUAUUCGCUGCUCUUCUCGCUGUCGGCGCUGCUUCCCCGGUGGCUUGGACUCUCCAAGAAAUCGAUUCUGCACUUCAGAACCCUAGCACUGACCCAGCAAUUAUUCCUUACCUUGAAGCCGCACUUAACAAGAUCAUGAACGCUCUUCAUGAAGGAUUAACAGUUGAAUCCAUUGUCAUCCCCAUCCCCGGUGAUGUCGAGAAACCAGAGAUCAACCCUUCACCUGCUGCUGUCCCGGAAUUAAGACCUAUCUCCGCUCCACUGGUACAAGUGGUCGUAAACAUCAACAAUGAAAAGAUUAUUCCCGAAACCCCAGCCAUCAUUGAGGAGGUGGAGAAUCAACCAAUUGACAACAACCCAGCUCUGAUUCCAGAAGGCCCCAGUGGUCCAACUGACAUCAAUCCUAUUGACUUAAUUGCUGUGAACCCUGAACACUAAAGAGCCGUUCUUCGGCGUUAAAGACGUUCUUUAACGCCGUGCUUAUAUAACAUAAUGAUAUUGUAAAAAUUACUCCCACAACAUAUUGCAAAUCAUCGUACUUUAUAAAAUUUUCAAAAUGAAUUAAACAUUACUUUUGAAACUCAAUAGUUUUCAUGCCUUAUAAUAUGGUAAUAAUUCGUAUAGAUUUAUAGAAACACAGUUUCUCCAUAGUCGCUUACUAAAACUUUGGGUCACUUAAUGCAAUCUGACUAAAAUAUAAAAUUCUCGUAAAUAUUCCAUUUGAGUAUAUAAGUUUAUACUCCGCAAAGGAAGAAGUACUUUCGAAAAACUUCGCUGAAUUUCCACUAAAUCUUCACUCUCUUAGAAAGUACUAACUUAGAACCGAGUAAAAAGUUUAUUGGUCGUCAACUGAGAAAGACAAAUUCAAAUGAAUAGAUUAGCAUAAAUCUUAUUUUACUUCAACUAAAAUGGGAUGAUUUAUUUAAUUUAUCAAAC